UGGAUGGAGAACAGCGUCCCGGGAUCGACUUGCCAACAUGAGUUCAAAAUUCGACGGUUUGCUCAUCCAACUCGGGACAGGAAAGUGGAAUAUGCUGUACUUCCUGGCGUCCUCAUACUGGUGUCUCCUGGUGCCGCCCCAAUUCAUCAACGGGGUUUACGUGGCGCCGCCCCUUCGCUACACGUGCCGCCCACCGCCCGACGCCAAUGUCACUUCUGUGUCCGACAACUCGUGCAAGUACUCCACCAACGGGUCUUCCGGCGUCGAGGAGGAGCUCCCCUGCACCGAGUGGGACUUCGACACCUCCGUCUUCACUUCCACCUUGACGUCUGAAUUUGACCUGGUAUGCGACCGGGAACACCUCCAGGCGACCUAUCAGGGAAUCUACAUGCUUGGCACCUUCGUCAGCCCGCUCCUGGGAGGGUACCUGGCAGACAGAUACGGCCGUCUGGUGGUUGUGAUCAUAACCCAGGUGGUUGUGUCUAUAACCUCCGUGGGCAUCGUCUUCUUAUCAGACUUCACGUUCAUCUUAGCCGUUCGCUUCGUCAUGGGAUCCGUCAACCUUCUUACCUUCUUCGUGCUGGCCAUGGAGGUAUGUGAGCCCAAGCACCGUUCAACCGUGGGCAUUUUGAUCGGCCUACCAUGGGCGCUGGGUACCAUGUGGUGGGGUAUGAUGGCAUUUUUCAUCCGGGACUGGAGAUGGCUGCAGCUCGCCGUGUCUCUCCCGACGGUGCUCAUCUUCCCGUUCCUGUACGUGAUGGACGAGUCCCCGCGCUGGCUCAUCGUGCGGGGCCACCACGAGAAGGCGCUGAAGGUGCUGGAGAAGGCAGCCCGGUGGAACAAGGCGACUCUGCCGGCGCCGAGUAGCCUGUACGCCCUCAUGUCUGAGAUUCAAGAGGAGUCCACCACAGCGAAGCACAAGCCAAAAGCAGGAGAGAAAAACAAGAAAUGUGGAUUCCCAAGCAUGCCUGCUCUGCUCAGCACCCGCGCGAUCACCACCAUCACGGCCGUCGUCUGCCUGGACUUCUUCGCCGUGUCCCUGGUCUUCGAUGGCCUCAACCUCAGCGGGGCCAACUUCAGCGCCGACCCCUUCCUCUACAUCAUCCUCGGGGGCCUGAUGGAAGUCCCCGGCUACUCCCUGACGGCGCCUCUCAUCCAGCGCUUCGGCAGGAGGUGGCCCACGUCCGCGAGCUACUUGAUCUGCGGCAAAAUCAUUGCCUCUGGAAGAUCUGUCGCUAUAAGCAAAUUGCUUGCGUUCUUCAUGACAGUUAGCACUCGCCUCAACACUAAACUUUAA